AUGGACACGCGAGCGCCUGCCCGAGAAGAAGGCGGCGGCGGUGGCGCGAGGGGGCUCUUCCUAAUGGCGGCGGUCGCCGGCCUCCUGGCCGUGGCGCUCGCCGGCCCCGCCCACCAAAAGCACGACAGAGACGCAGCACGUGUCAUGCGGGUAGGAGCAUCAUCAAGCAACAAUGUCAAUAACAACAAUAAUGAUCAAGAUGCUAAUAACAACUAUUCUGUGUCUUUUGUUCCAUUGUUUAGCUUAAUUGCAAAUUUUCUUCCAAAACUCCUGCAACGAUUUGCCAUUAAGCAAACCAACAGCAGAAGUUUAGGAACAUUAAAUGAUAAGAAGGAUUUACUUGAAAAUAAGGGAAUCUUCUGUGGACCUGAAAGUAUUGGACGUUGGAAAGAUAUAACAGAUUGCCAUCAAUACUAUGAAUGCAGAGUUAAUCAAGAUUCUCCACCUGGUUGCCAGACUGUUCUCUCUCGAAACAAUCCAACCCAAAAGACAGCGAAUAAAGAUAUCACAAAGAUUGUCCUGCAUAUAUUGGACUACACAUAA